AAAAAACAAGUCAUACUGUUUGACCUAAUCAUUACUGAGAGAAUAGUAGGCAGAGUGAGGCAAAAUGCUGCUGUUACAUUUAUAAACUAAAAUUCAAUGCUGAUAAAGUUGGUUGCUACUUCACAGUUUGUGUACAGCAACCAAUGGACAACCUGACAUUUACAAACAGCAUUCUCCUCAUGGAGGGACUGAAAGUUACAUCUCAGUCAUCUCAACCUGUUUUCAUCCUCCUUCUCUUGACUUAUGUCUUUACAAUGUUAUCAAACAUUGGACUUAUAUUUUUGAUAUCAACAGAGAAGAAUCUGCAUGACCCAAUGCAUUUUCUAUUCUGCAACUUGCCACUGAAUGACAUACUAGGAACCACUGUCAUUAUGCCACGCUUGCUGCAAGAUAUUUUAAGGGACACCUCAGAGCGCUAUAUAUCAUAUGCAGAGUGUGUUAUUCAAGCUUUUUUUGUGCAUGUAUUUACAGCAGCAUGUCACUAUGUGCUGAUGAUCAUGGCCUUUGACAGAUAUGUGGCUAUAUGUAAUCCAUUGCGAUACACAUCUAUAAUGACCAAUAAAAUGGUCAUUAAAUUAUCAGCAUUUGCUUGGGGCCUGGCAAUUAUUUUAGUUACAAUUAUGAUAGGACUCACUCUGCGUCUGUCUCACUGUAGGUAUAAAAUUGAAAACCCUUUCUGUGACAAUGCCUCACUGUUUAAACUGUCCUGUGAAAAUGUAGUCAUAAAUAAUGUGUAUGGACUUGUUUAUACCAUCGUUGUACUCAGUCUGUCAGCGAUGUGUAUUUUCAUAACAUAUGUCAGGAUCGGUACUGUAUGCAUAACCAGCAAAAACAAAUCACUCAACAACAAAGCCAUAAAAACCUGCAGCACUCAUUUAACUGUUUAUUUAAUCAUGUGUGUUUCUGGAGCUACUUUUAUUUUACUUCAUCGUUUUCCUGAAUACUCUGACAGCAGGAAACUAGCUAGUAUACUGUUUCACAUUAUACCUCCGGGAUUAAAUCCCUUAGUAUAUGGUUUACAAACCAAAGAGAUAAGACAAAAGAUUGUAAAACACUGGUGUAGAAAAAAGUGAAUUCCUCAUUGGAUUAUGUAUCUUCAUAACAUAGUCAAUAUUAUUUUAAUGGAUUUUGAGUGUGUGAAAAUAAUAUUUACUAUUUAGCUAAGAAUAACCAUAGUACUGUAACAUUGCAAACACUGUAACUGUUCUGUACUCAAAUCCUUUUCAGUAUUUAGCAGGUGUUUGUAUGAGAAUUGUUGACUUAAAAAUGUAACAAAUUUAAAUAAAUUUGUAAGCACAUAUUACCUGGAAAAAUUAAAUAAAUAAAUGACAAGAAAAGAGCACAUGUUUAUUCUGGUUCACUAUAAGAACAAAAAGCACUUUAAAAGAAAAAAAAAAAAGACUUUAAAAUUCUUUAAAUAUAGAACAAAAAAGGCACAUAUGUGCAUAGGAUGCAACAAAGCUGGGUUAGCAACAAAACCUGGUAAAAAAAAAAACUAAAAAAAACUAAUUAAUUUUAAAAAUUAAAAAAAAAAAAUAAUAAUAAUUUAAAAUGUAAUAUUUUAGAUAGUGUCUAAGACAGAUAGAUAGCUUCUUUAGCCUGCUAACAUCAACACGCCGUGCUAGGCGGGCGUGGUUUCAGCAACCAGGCACCUCAUUUCCAGCCAUGUCCCGCCUCUUUGCCCAU